UCUACUCUUUCAGCCCGCAAUUUUCUUUGCCUCUUCUCCCAUCUCUCAUCUUCUCCCCUUCAGCCUCACCCUACUCACCUUGUCCCGCAACCUUUAAUCUUGUCGUCAUCCUCGAGCUCGGACGUAGGCCCAGUGGCGAUAUCCUUGCGCGUAUUGGCUCUAUCUCGUCGGACCUCAGGCGUUGGCACACCGAGUGCUUAUUUGCUUUUUUCCCCCUACCACUAGCGCCGUUUCCACCCAAAAAGAAGACUUGAAUCUUCGAUUCUCUCACCCAGAACUUCUUUCUUGCAACUCUUUCCCCCCCUCCAUCUCUUCACCAUGUUCAACGCGACCCAGCAUCGCGGCAACCCUAAUUUGGGGCCCGCGCCUCCUGGGCCGCCGAACCAUCGGCUGAACGAAAUCUUCGAAUCAUUGCGCUCGGAAUUUGAGAACCAGACUCGGUCAAGUGAGCAGGUUGAGAACCAAGUUGCUCAGCAAAUUCAGGAGAUGGAGUUGAUCCGAAACAAGGUCUAUCAACUCGAACAGAAUCAAUUGAAGAUGAAGCAGGAAUACGAGUCUGAGAUCCGCGUUCUCAGACACGAACUCGAAGUGCGCGGCGGCGCCCAGGUUCAAUCCCACAUCGGCGGACCUCCUCAGCAUAGCGGCCCUCCUGUGCAGGCUCCUCCCUCCCUUGGUCACGGUCAGGGCGGCCUCUUCAGUGGCAUCAUGGCCAACCAAGGUCAAGGCGGUCCCGGACUCGCUCCUCCACCAGAACAGGCAGCUCCUCAACAGCAUCCCCUUCAGCCACCGCCACCAGCAGGCCAGCCUCAAGGUCCACCCCAGGGCCCAAAUGCCUUUCCCGGCUAUCAGCAGGCGCCUGCCCUGAAUGGCUACGGACCGCAAGGACAGCCUCCUACCAGCUCCCCGGGACUAGGCAAGAAUCGUAAUAUGACAACUAGGGGCGGCCCCGGACCAGCUACGCCUCAGCAACACCCGGGCCAACCACAGCCAAUGCCUUACCAAAACGACCCAAGAGCGUCUCCUCAAAUUCCUAGACCGACUCCUCCGGGAAGCGACAUGCAACUUGGCCCGCGCCAUCAGAUGCCAGGUCAAGGACAAUACCCCAAUGUCGGCAAUGUUCUCGCAGACCUCAACCCAGACGAUCUACCAGACCAUUUGAAGCGGAUGGGUGCUAAUGGCGAAUGGCACGCCGUAUUCAACCCCAACGUGCCACGCGUGCUGGACAUUACACUUUUGCACAACCUCGUCCACGAGUCCGUGGUCUGCUGCGUCCGCUUCUCCAACGAUGGCAAGUACAUCGCCACUGGCUGCAACCGCAGUGCACAGAUCUUCGACGCUCGAGAUGGGCGCAAGGUCUGCGAGCUGCUCGAUGACAACGUCCAAGACAAGGACGGUGACUUGUAUAUCCGAUCAGUCUGCUUUUCUCCUGACGGAAAGCUCUUGGCCACAGGUGCCGAAGACAAAAAGAUCAGGGUCUGGGACAUCGAAAGCAAGCGCAUCCGAACCAUCUUCGAUGGUCACGAGCAAGAUAUCUACUCUUUGGAUUUCUCCCGCACCGGACGACUGAUUGCCUCGGGCUCCGGCGACAAGACGGUGCGCCUCUGGGAUAUUGAAUCCAACCAGCAAGUUAUGGUCCUGUCCAUUGAAGACGGUGUGACCACUGUGGCCAUGUCUCCUGAUGGUCGCUUCGUCGCGGCCGGUUCGCUCGACAAGAGUGUGCGAGUCUGGGACUGCUCCAGUGGUUAUCUGAUCGAGCGUCUGGAAGGACCACAGGGCCACAAAGACAGUGUCUACUCGGUUGCCUUUUCCCCCAGUGGCCGAGAACUGGUCAGCGGCAGCUUGGACAAGACGAUCAAGAUGUGGGAGCUUUCUCCUCAGCGCGGCCUCGUCCCAUCCGCAUCCAACGGUAAGGACGGCAAGUGCAUCCGAACAUUCGAAGGACACAAGGAUUAUGUUCUCUCGGUCUGUCUCACCCCUGGCGGAGAAUGGGUCAUGUCAGGAUCCAAGGAUCGUGGAGUACAAUUCUGGGAUCCAAAUACUGGUAACGCCCAGAUGAUGCUCCAAGGACACAAGAACUCGGUCAUCUCGGUGGCACCCUGCCCGACUGGACAUUUGUUCGCCACGGGCUCAGGAGACAUGAAGGCCCGUAUCUGGCAGUACACAAGUUGGCGUGGAGCCCAUCAAGGUAUCUAAAGCGAUACUGAAAAAUUCCUGACAAGGAGAAACCAUUGGAAUCGUAAUUCCAUGGACUUCUCUGGUCGGAGGAAAAAUCUGUUGUGCACCUCUCUGUGAGAUAUGUUGUUUAUGGUGAUGAUGGGUACUACCAAGAAGGCUGGCCAACGGAUGGGAACAUUGCAACACAGGCAAAGUCAGUGGUAUGUUGGCAUGGAAUGUGAUGCUUCGUCGAAUUUUCGGUUUCAGGUAUCAUGUAACUUGGGGGCGUGGGACGAGUGCAUUAGUGGGCAACAGAAUGGGAGCCCUGGUAGGAGUGCGCUCAGUGCAGUUUCGUUUUGGUAACCCUUGAUUUCGCAGGAGAACAUCCAUGAGGGAUUUUGGGGGCUUUUGACUAGCGCAUGGACAUGAUUGCCCAUGCAUUGAGGUUUUCGUAGAGACAAAAAAUUCAAAUAGUAUCCUUGACGA